AUGGCCGAUAUCUAUCCAGCCCCGGUCGAUUUCAUUGAUCGCAGUGACUAUCGCCUCGGCUCAGAGCGUGAAGGUUUGAUCCAACUUCAAUCGAAUGGCCUCUUCAUCCGCCAACCCCCUAAACCCCAUGAGCUCGAAGAAGACAUUACACCUGAAGGAUGCUUAUUCCAAACAAUCCACAUGGGAGCUCCAGUCGUGGACACAAGUCGCUGGAAGCUCAUACUAGACGGGCUCGUCGAGCGUCCUUUCUCCAUAAAUUUGAGACAAUUACGGCAGAUGCCGCACGCAUCAGUCAUGUCGUUCCAUGAGUGCUACGGAAGCCCGCUCACGGAUCCAACGAAGAAUGUCUGGAGAAUCGGGAACGUCGAAUGGAAGGGAGUCCCUUUACGGUAUCUACUUGCAAUUGCACGGCCAGAUCUUGCGCGAGGAUAUUUUGUUUGGUCUGAUGGGCUGGAUUCAGGCACAUUCGCUGGAGUCUCUGCCGACCGGUACCAAAAGGACCUGCCUAUUGAAAAGGCUCUAUCAGCGGAGGCCCUGGUGGCAUACGAGAUGAACGGCCAGCCUCUGGGUAAGGAGCGCGGUGGACCGGUGAGACUGGUUGUACCAGGAUGGUUCGGGACGAAUUCGACGAAAUGGCUAUGUCGCUUGUCUGUGCAGGAGACGAGAUCUCCAAGCCCGUUCACGACGACUUUUUAUAAUGAGAUUGAUCCCACAGAUGCGUCGGGGAUACGGAAAAGGCCUGUCUGGAAGGUGGAGCCUAAUUCGAUGAUAGUACGGCCUCGUCCGGAAGACCGCUUUUCCUGUCCUGAUUAUGUUGAGAUUUGGGGCCGUGCAUGGGGCGCAGUGGAGAUUGUGCGAGUUGAAAUUAGUACUGAUCAGGGACACACUUGGAGUGAGGCCAGUGUGACGCCUCGGAAGCAGUUUGAGUGGCAGCUCUUUCGCCUUCAAGUAUUUAUUCAACAGAGCGGGAGGCAUACCAUACAGGCACGAGCGACGGAUAGAUUAGGUAUUCGACAGCCGCUAUCCAAUCGUCGGAAUCAUGUACCGAUAGUGCAGAUCCAGGUUGAAUCCAAAUGA